AUGCAUGUGCCCACGUCCAUUCCAGCGAAUGUGCUGAAAGUGUAUUCACCGUCUGAUUUGACACUGGCAUUACCUAGCGAAGAAGGAAGAACUAUAUUUGCUGAAAAUUUUUCUAUUGGUGCCGAAAGGGGGCCUAGUUGUAGUACAUUGUGUAUGCAAGUUAUUUUAAAAUAUUUAAAUGAGCAUCCCCAAGAAGUCGAAGGUAUCAAUCGUAUGGAGUGCAGAGAAAGAGAUUAUAUUGUUGAAUUUUUGUCGCUCGAUUUGCCAUUGCAAGUCGUACUGGACUUUAUAGAAGAUGAUUCCUACUGGAUGAGGUAUACAUUGUAUCGUUGGCCAGAUGUUUUAGACGACAACUACAAAAAGGGCAAAUGGCGAAGUUACUAUUUACAGCGACACAUCACCGAAUUGAUCGAGAGCCAACUUCCAGAACAUUACGACACCGAAGACUUCCAGCAGAAAUGUCUGCAGGUAGCGGAUUACAUAUAUGAUUUGGAUAUUCAACAACUAAUACCCAGCAGGCCCACAAAUGCAUCUGAAGAAGAUUCGACCACUGAUGCACCUCUAACUUAUCCUGCCGAUCACUUCAACUUACGAAUUGCCCUGCACUGUCUUCCCAAAUUAGAAAGUUUGAGAAUACGAUAUGGUGCUAAAAAACUAGGUGACCAAUUUGAGUGGUAUAAAUUAAAAGUAUCUAUUGAAGAUGGUAGAAAAUUAGGACAGGGAAUUUUGGAGCUGCCUGACCUUAGGUUGAAUCCUCUUGGAGAUGAUGGUGUAUGGUGUCUAGUUAGUUCUUUAAUUAGGAUAAAGAAACCAAGAUAUCUUUGUAUAGCUGGUACUGGAGUAUUCGGAGAAGGCGGUCUUCGGAUUGCAGAAGCUAUGCAGUACCAACGAUCUCUUCAAGUUUUGGACAUUAGUUCUAACUUUUUGGGUCCUGAUGGUGGUGAAUGGCUUGUAUCUAGUAUAGCAAACAACAUCAUGUUGACCGAAAUUGAUUGCAGAAACACUGACAUAGAGUCAGGUCAGUUAGAUGCGAUAGAAGAAUAUUUAGCCUGCAAUAAAAAGAGAGGAUUGCCAAAUUUAUCAGAAAUGAAAAUACAGAGCGAACAAGUAAUUCCACGGCAAUAUUCGUUUCCCAUCUCACAGAGUGAAAUAGCCUUACAGCACAAAAAGGAUGAAGAAUGGGCACAGUUAAUGGCUGAAAUUGGUGAACAAUCGUCUGAAGAAAUGGAAGUCGUUGUCAUAAAAGAAUAUGAUGGAGGCCAUCAUGAAGAAGACGAGGAAUAUUUAUCAGGAUUUGGCGAUAGGACCGGAUCUAAUAUUACCUCAAAUUAG